CCGCAAGCUGCUCACCUUCGUGGUUGUGGGCGGGGGGCCCACCGGGGUGGAGGUGGCGGCGGAGCUGUACGACAUGAUCCAGGAGGAUCUGGCCAAGCUGUACCCCAACAUCGUGAAGGAUGCCUCGAUCCAGAUCGUGGAGCUGAUGGACCACGUGCUCUCCACCUACGACCGAGCCAUCUCGCUCUACACGCACGAACACUUCAAGCGCGCGGGUGUGAAGCUCAUCCUGAACUCCCGUGUGUCUAGUGUGGAGGAUGGAUGCGUGCGUGUUGUCAACAAGUCCAACCAGACAACCGAAAUAAAGUUCGGCGCGUGUGUGUGGGCCACGGGUAUCGCCAUGAACCCACUCAUCCGCAGCCUGCAGGAGAAGCUGCCCGGGCAGUCGCACUUCAGGUCGGUGCUCACGGACGAGUGUCUGCGGGUGAAGGGCAGCGACGGAUCCAUCUGGGCCGUGGGAGAUGCAGCCACCAUCGACCAGCCCAAGGCCCUCGACUACGCGGAGCAGCUGUUCGAGGCGGGCGACACCAACCGCGACGGGCGGCUGAGCGUGGAGGAGCUGCGUGUGCUGCUGAGCGACGCAAGCCGGGAGUUCCCGCACCUGCAGGAGCAUGCGAGCUUCCUGGACAGCCAAACCGGCGGCAUCCGGCGCUUCAGCGACCUCGUCAGUCGCACCCUCCUCACCACCGGCGCCUUCGCCUCCUCCUCACCCGCCCCCACCAAUGGGGGUGCGGCACCAGCCUCUUCCGCACCCCCGCCCCCGGCAGCUCAGCAGCACGACCCCUCCCAGCCGCUCGCCCCCCUGCUCAGCGGCUCCACGGAGCUCACUCGGGAGCAAUUCCACGAGGUGCUGGGCAAGAUUGACAAGGGCUUGCGGGCGCUGCCGG